AUGGCUACAACAGCCUAUCGAAGACCUAUCGACAGAGACUCCGUGUCACCUCAACAGAUGGCUUCCAACGAAGCUCAGCAUCCUGAUGAUAAUAACAGAAAUGCCCAUAUGGACUAUUUGAACGAUGAAAAGCACAUGUUAAGAAAUCCAGAGUCCCCCCAUGGCCAGUCGCAUCGCAGCAAUUCUGCAACAACACAGAGAAAACAGGUUUCCAGUUCAUUUUCUGCAAGAGCUCAGAACCGCCCAGAGGUUAACAUAAUCCCGCCGGAAGGUUAUCCCACACCUACCUCUCGUUCCGUUAAAGGAUAUGGAGCACCUACGAGACGUCCAACCGACCCAGAAGCUGCCGCCUCGGGAUCGGCGAGGCAAAUGGAAGACGGCAAAGCGACGUCGCCAGUAGACUCUGUCAACCAAACAUCGCCGCUGAGUCGAUCUAGCACGUUACGGUCUUCAACGGAUAAGCGGCAUGACUGGGCCCCAGAUAGAUCCCCUCUCCAGAAGCUCGAAGUUACAUUGAGUGGGAUUAGCAAAGAGGAAAAAAGGGCACGCGUCUUGGAGGCUGAGAUGAAGCUUAAAGAACGAUUGGCACGUCAACAGAUGGAGGCAGAAAAUCGAAAUGCCUCUCUCGCACAACCUGCAGACAGCAACUCAAGCGGAGGCCCAAUUGGGCAUGGAGCGAUGAUUCCCCGUGAGCAGGGAGUGUCAGGACAGGCAAAGUCUAGCGCCCAAAGCCCAGGACCAACAGCCCUAUUGGUCGCUCCUGAGAUGCAAAACUCGAAGAUUAACAAUUCGAAGCCCUUUGCGGGGCCAAUUUUGAAUCACGGUAGCGUUCCCAGGCGAUCUGUGUCGGCGACUAACAGACCCGGAGGUCAUACCAUGAACACCACGAGAGAUUCUAACACGCCUCGAGACGGGAGAGAUGCUCUUGCGGUACCUGGGCCAUCACAGAAAGACCAUGCGAUGCCAAAUGUGGCCCAGAUGCCACACCCACAAUCGUAUGCUGAUGCUCGGGUCCAACAGAGUAGACCGCCCCAGAUGGCCCCUGGAGGAAAUGACCCUUAUGCACAAGGCAUAGCUUCCCAACAACCAGAAUAUCACAAGUUAAUUACAGAUACACCUAAUGCUGUACCGAACGACCUUUCCCAAGACGAGUUAGGUUCACACAUAAAGCCCAAGAGAAACACUGUUUCAUUCAAUGUGCCUCCGCCAACGCCUCCUCCGCUUUCAGAGUGGAAGAACGCACCGGUUGCACGACUCGGUGCUUCGAACUUCGACUUUCAAAAUCUCGACGUUGAUCGAAGCAAAGCCUGGUGGGAAGGUGGUGGCAGUAAUCGCAGGAAGAGCAGAGCUCUCCCGAGCACUUAUCAAAAGCCUGCUCAGAAGUUGACAGGACUGAAACGAGUUAGUAUCGACGGACCAAAUGGCUCUUUCGACAAGGAGACUUGGAGAGGUAGUAUUAUGAUUGUUACCAAAGAUUCACGCUCUUCCUAUGAGUCGCCGCCCACCCUGAGGUUAUUUUCACAGCCCAUGGAUCUCCUGCCGCCUCCGCCUGUCGAAGUCAGUGGCUCUCAGCUUGCACCAGAGUACGUCGAUCCCACAGCAGGUCUCAUGAAGCUGGGUAGGGACGGCAGGCCGCUUUAUGUCAAGCCGGUGGAUCAUACCGAGGAAGGAGUGGACUUGUCAUUCGUGGAGAAUGACGACGGAAUCUAUGAGAUGUCCCCCAGUAACCUGGAAUACAGCAGUGACGGCGUCAAGCAGCCGAUCCCUGCCAACAGGCUUCAUUUGGUGGACGGAGAAACAGUGGGAACAUACAAAGAAGUUCCCGGAGUGCGCUUGUACGCCGACUCAGCUCGAGAUGUCACUUUCUGGAGGUUCAACAUUGAAAUAGAAUUGGGCCAGACGCAACAACGAAUCGCAUACCGCUUGAACCACGGACCGGCCCUGGGAUUUUGGGUACCGGCCAGAGGGCAGUCCAUGAACAUUAUGUUCCAUACCUGCAAUGGCUUCAGCCUAGGAGUUGAUUCCAACAAAUUCUGCGGUCCUGACCCUCUUUGGCGCGACGUAUUGAACGAGCAUCAGACUCGCCCUUUGCACGUCAUGAUCGGGGGCGGUGACCAGAUCUUUAACGACAAAGUAAUGGUGGAAUCGCCCCGAUUCCAGGAAUGGGUCAGGAUAAAGAACCUGACUGACAAAUAUGACAUGCCAUUUGACCCAGAAUUUCGAGCUGAGAUAGAGAGCUUCUACCUCGAGAACUACUCGGCUUGGUUCUCACAGGGUCUUUUUUCUCUGGCCAAUUCCCAAAUCCCAAUGGUUAAUAUCUGGAACGACCACGACAUCAUUGAAGGUUUCGGGUCGUAUCCGGAUGAGUUCAUGGCUACACCUGUGAUUUCAGGACUGGGUAGAAUAGCAUUCAAGUAUUAUCUGCUCUUCCAGCAUCACAGCGUCACUGAAGAGACAGAGGCAGAUGAGCCUAGCUGGCUUCUUGGUGCGCAGCUGGGACCCUUUAUCAACCAACGAAGUCGGCAUGUGUUCAUGUCUAUGGGUAAAGACGUAGCUUUUCUGGGGUUGGAUUGCAGGACGGAGCGACUGAGCGACGAGAUACUCAGCGAGCAGACAUGUGAUUUGAUCUGGGACCGAUGCCACCGUGAGAUUGUCCGUGGAGAAACCAAGCAUCUGAUAGUGCUCUCGAGCGUUCCCGUCGCAUAUCCAAGAAUGGCAAUGCUCAAAAAUAUUAUCAAUAGUCGCAAAUCGCUGGGAAAAGCCGGGUUAUUCGGCGGCUUCGUGAACAAGAACGGCAGCAAGGUAGAAAUAUUCGACGAUCACUGGACGGCUAAACACCACAAAGCCGAACGCACUUAUUUGCUUGAGGACCUCCAAGACCUUGCAGCAGAAAAGUCCGUUCGGGUGACUAUCUUGAGCGGCGAUGUCCAUUUGGCAGCCAUCGGACAAUUCUACUCCAAUCCCAAACUGAACCUGCCCAAAGACAAGGAUUACCGAUACAUGCCGAAUGUCAUAUCUUCUGCGAUUGCAGACAUGCCAGAAACAGAAAUGGUUUCGGACAUGCUGAACAAGCGCAACCACGUUCACCACUUGGACACGAACACAGAUGAAGACAUGAUUCCCAUCUUCACCCACGACGUCAACAACAAGCUGCGCAACAACAAGCGCUUGCUUCCACGCCGGAAUUGGUGCGCAAUCCGAGAGUAUCAACCCGGCUCCACACCUCCAGGUUCGCCGGAAUCCAAACAGGUCCCUCCACCGGCUGAGGAGCCGCGUCCGGGUAAACUGCAAAGAACUCUGUCCUUGGGGCGGGGUGACAGACCUCAGGGUGGUUUGCUGCGACGACUCUCGCUGCGUGGACCUCCACCGACAAAAGAAUUCAAUCUUGGAAAUGCACCUGAUCGCCGUAUGAGCAUGGACGGACCAUUUCCUCCCGCAGAGGCCGAAGACAGCUAUUUUCCUGCUCCAGCACCAGAAUUUCGCCCGGGCCCCUUCCACCGUCGCCCUACGACGCUGAGCCAAAAGGCAGCCAAGAAAGCUGCAAAAAGGGGCGACGACGGCGUAGGCGCAUAUGUCAACCUGGAAAAGGGACUAGCUAUCACACUCAACCUGGAGCUCAACCCACAAGAUCCGUCAGGUAUCACGACGCCGUACAAGCUUCUUGUGCCCAUGCUGCGUUAUGAAGGCACUGAAUACGAUCCCCCUGCCAACCCAGUUGCCAAAGGUUGGAAGAAAUGGCUGGGUGUAAGGCGUAAGAAAGAGCGUGGUUUCGACCAGGGUGUCCCUGGCGAUGUGGAGGAUACGGAUUACGACGAUGACGCUGACUAUGAAGAAGACUAUGCGGGAAGCGAUCUCGACGAGCCCGGUGAGAGGCUGCCGGAGAAAAUGGGCCGCAUGGGCCAUACACCAGCAUUGGGGCCUGUCAAUGACGGGGCGGAGGAGACUAUCAAGCGGAAGAAGAAGUGGUUCGGAUUGGUAUGA